AUGCCAGGAAUUGUCAGUGACCAAGCCGCGACACUUAAGCCGCGACGCGCUGCAGCAACCUACAACGUCGCUAAAAGCGCACUACGAAGACGACUCGCUAGAACAUCUCAACGACGCGACUGCACCCCUAAAUCAAUAGCUCUUCGCGGGUCUGAAGACGUAGCAAUCGUUCACUAUGUUUUAAAGCUACCUGAGCAAGGAUACCCGCCUCGGCUGGCUGACGUUAAGGAGGUGGCCAAUUCUUUGCUUGUGAUCCGCAAUCAGAGGCCGGUUGGCAAGAGCAGCGUAUUCAAGACCAUUAUAUUAAUCGUGAACGCUAACUUCUACAUGCUCGUUGGCGGCGCCCUUACUCCCGUAAACGUUGCGGGCUCCAGGUUCUCCCCACCACGUCCUUUGCUCUCGGAAAACCACGCGGGUGAGGCGGCGCAUAGCGUUUGGAUCGUGGAAGUGGAUGGCGCGCUUCACCUAGUAGAAGUCGCGGAAGCGCCAGGGUGCGAGGCUAAAGCCAGUGACGCAGAAGAGCGCGUUAAGGAUUUGGCUGUCGAUCUUGAGCCAGAUCUUAUUCUGGCUGUAGUUAUUGUCGCAGUCGUAGAUCUGCGUGCCGCGUACAUACUUAACUAA